CACGGAUAUUCGUUUUUUUCACCUGCAAAUCUGCAAUAAAACGCCGCCACCGCCGCGGCGCCACCACCUCAAGAUCCGAUCUCCCUCUCUCUCCCCAAUCCUCCCCGCCUCCCCCUACCAAAUCAGCACCACCCAAGGCGCAUCCGAGCCACGGCCGCGCAAUGCCGCCCUCUGUCGAUGCAAUGCCGGCCCCCGGCGACGCCGCGGGCGCCGGCGACGUGCGCAUGAUCUCCUCCAAGGAGCUCCGCGCUCACGCUUCCGCCGACGACCUCUGGAUCUCCAUCUCCGGCGACGUGUACGACGUCACGCCCUGGCUCCCCCACCACCCGGGCGGCGACCUCCCGCUUCUCACCCUGGCGGGGCAGGACGCCACCGACGCCUUCGCCGCCUACCACCCGCCCUCGGCGCGCCCGCUCCUCCGCCGCUUCUUCGUUGGCCGCCUCUCUGACUACGCCGUCUCCCCCGCGUCCGCCGACUACCGCCGCCUCCUCGCGCAGCUAUCCUCCGCGGGCCUCUUCGAACGCGUCGGCCCCACCCCCAAGGUCCAGCUCGUCCUGAUGGCCGUCCUCUUCUACGCCGCGCUGUACCUCGUCCUCGCAUGCGCCAGCGCCUGGGCGCACCUCCUCGCGGGGGGUCUCAUUGGCUUCGUCUGGAUCCAGUCCGGCUGGAUGGGCCACGACUCGGGCCACCACCGCAUCACCGGCCAUCCGGUCCUCGACCGCGUCGUGCAGGUGCUCUCCGGGAACUGCCUCACCGGCCUCAGCAUCGCCUGGUGGAAGUGUAACCACAACACGCACCACAUCGCCUGCAACAGCCUGGACCAUGACCCGGACCUCCAGCACAUGCCGCUCUUUGCCGUCUCCCCCAAGCUGUUCGGCAACAUAUGGUCCUACUUCUACCAACGGACCCUGGCGUUCGAUGCCGCCUCGAAAUUCUUCAUCAGCUACCAGCACUGGACCUUCUACCCGGUAAUGUGCAUCGCCAGGAUAAAUCUUCUCGCGCAGUCCGCCCUGUUCGUUCUCACGGAGAAGAGGGUGCCGCAGCGGUUGCUUGAGAUCGCGGGGGUCGCCACAUUCUGGGCUUGGUACCCGUUGCUGGUGGCUUCCCUGCCGAAUUGGUGGGAGAGGGUCGCGUUUGUGCUUUUCAGCUUCACCAUCUGCGGGAUUCAGCACGUCCAAUUCUGCCUGAACCACUUCUCGUCCGACGUGUAUGUCGGGCCACCCAAGGGCAAUGACUGGUUUGAGAAGCAGACGGCAGGCACGCUCGACAUCCUGUGCUCUCCUUGGAUGGAUUGGUUCCACGGUGGCCUGCAGUUCCAGAUUGAGCACCAUCUGUUUCCCCGCCUACCUCGGUGCCACCUUCGCAAGGUUGCACCGGCCGUCCGCGACCUUUGCAAGAAGCAUGGGCUCACUUAUUCUGCAGCCACAUUCUGGGGUGCAAAUGUGCUUACAUGGAAGACACUCAGGGCUGCUGCAUUGCAGGCCAGGACCGCUACAAGUGGUGGUGCUCCGAAGAAUUUGGUAUGGGAGGCUGUGAACACCCAUGGAUAAAUGGGAUGAAGAUACGGGCUAAUGGCAACUUCUGGUGUUCAGCUUGGUGCCCAUGUGAUUGUCUGGAUGCCUUUCAGUUAUUUAGAGAUAUUGAUCAUUCAACCUGCCUGAGUCAGGUUGGAAUUUUCGUGUUGACAAGUGGCUGUCUAUCCAGUUGGAGAGUUCAUGCUUCAAUAGUCUGGUUGUUCACGGGAUGUUCUGUUCUCCCUAUCACGGUAACUAUAUGAUGAUGAUCCUUGCUUUAAUUCAUGAACACUUGUUUCAAGAUUAUGUCCAUUACAUUUUGCUUGCAUUGUCAAGAUUGUGGAUUCUUGGUGUUCAUGACGUUGUAAUGUUAAUGAACGGCUGGUAACGCCAUGUGGUACUGGUACCCCUGUAUUUUCAGUUGCUGUGGCACCUUGGCUCUCUCUUUGAAAAACCAGUAUGUAUAUGACAAUGAUCAAUUUAUUCAUAUUCCUACUUCAUUCCC